ACAGAGAAGAAGAGUAAUGGAGGUAUGACGUGUGACUGGUGCACACACAGAUCACAACAACUAACUGGUGUGUAAAGAGUGAUAACUAAACAGAAUUGAAUUCCUGCAAGUUUUUUCUUUUUCAUAGAUUCAGUAGGACAAUACGUUAUACGAAUUGUGCACACUAGUUCAUGUUAUUGAAAGUGCUAUAUGAAACUGCGAUACUAGUAACCAGUUUUCUAGUUGACCGACUUCGCCAUUUUAUUUUAGUUUUCAAAGCUCGUGUACGGGCAUGUAAUGUGUUGACUAAAAAUCAUGUUAAUGUCCGAUUAUGUGAACAUGCACAUGAGAAAUAAGUGGAAUAUUGUUACCAAUAAGUAAUGUCUUAUUGAAUUGUAUGAUGAGUAUUGAAGGGUAAUCAAUAAAAUAAUAGGACUUCUGUCAAACUGAAUAUCUAAUUGGUUUUCAUCAUCUGUUUGAGAAACUAUUUCUCAUUUUACAUAAAUUGCUAUGUCUGUGCACUACAAGUUCAAGUCGGCCCUAGAAUAUGACACGGUAACUUUUGAUGGACUACAUAUUUCAGUGAAAGAUUUAAAGAACGCCAUUAUACAACAAAAACGGAUUGGAAAGAGCACUGAUUUUGAUUUACAAGUAACAAAUGCUCAAACAAAAACAGUGUACACUGAUGAGAAUUUCCUUAUACCAAAAAAUACGUCACUACUAAUUGCUAGAAUACCAGUGAUUCCUCAGAAAACAAAACAGUGGGAGGGUUAUGGAGGAGAUAAUACACCACCUUCAAAAGUGGAUGAAGGUGGUCCCAUUGCUAAGGCAGUAGAUUUGUCUAGCUUGGAUGCCCCCGAAGAUGAUAAAAUUAAAGCGAUGAUGUCUCAAUCUACUCAGGACUAUGACCCAAGCAAUUACUUGAAAAUUCGAGGAUCCAACCAAGUAGGAAACGUACCACCAAAUUAUAAGUGCUACAAGUGUCACCAAGGAGGACAUUGGAUCAAGGACUGUAAUUUUGCUCAAGGACCAGACCCAGUGGAAAUCAGAAAGAGCACCGGUAUACCUAGAAGUUUUAUGGUAGCUGUCGAAGGUCCGCAAGUCCCAGGAGCCAUGAUGACCCCUAAUGGACAGUAUGCUGUUCCUCUAGUGGAUCAUCAGGCAUAUAACCAGAAAGUUGUCCCCACUCCAGUUCCUGAACCAAAACUUGAUAUACCAGAAGACUUGGUGUGUAGUAUUUGUUCAGAUCUUUUGACAGAUGCUGUUAUGAUUCCAUGCUGCGGUAAUUCCUUCUGCGACGAAUGUAUUCGAGGAGUGUUACUAGAAAGCGAGGACCACGAGUGUCCUGAUUGUCAUGAGAAAGACAUUUUACCAGACACCCUCAUCCCCAAUAGAUUUUUACGGAAAUCGGUUGCCAAUUUCAAGAACACUACAGGAUAUGUUAAGAAACAGGUAUACAAAGAACCAGAUAAUACUGGAAAUACUAAGUUGAGUCCCGUAAAAGGGCUCACGCCACCUCCACGUGAAGUUGCUCCUAUAACAGAAGUUGAAACGGAACAAAAACCUGUCAUUUCAGAGGCUGACUCCACAGAAUCUGCCACGACUAGCAAAAAUUCUGAGUUUCUCAAGGAAAAUGAAAACAACGAUCCUCCUAAAUCAACAGAAUCGGAUUCAAUAGAAGGUCCACCUGGAGUUUCUCCAAGAAGAUCGCCUCCACCUAAAGAGCGUCACAAACGUAAAGACGAAUCUCCUCUAGAUUCAAGAAGUUCACCCAGGGAAGGAAAAGAACGUUCAAACCGAAGACAACGUAGCAGGGAUAGAAGCAUGUCUCCCAGAAAAAUUAGAAGGCAUCCACGAUCUCCCUCUUUUAGGGGAUCUGGUUCUCCUGAAAGAAGAUCUGGAACUCCAACAGUAGAUGAACCAACUUCAAAAUAUAACCCUUCAACGACUUAUAACAGUACCAUCCCAAUGGGUUCCAUUCCACCCAUAAUGGGACAGGCUGCUUCAAUUCAAGCUAUUCCGGGAGUUUAUCAACCAAUCCAACCGGCAAUGGGUGGCUUUCCGGCAGCUCAAGGUCCACCACCGAAUUAUAGAUUUCCACCUCCUGCAGGUGCUCCAUAUAUGUCUCCAGGGCCUUUCAAUGUAGCAUCGAGGCCAAUGUUUGAUGCAAGUAGGCCACCGUUGGGAGGACCUCCUCCAAAUUACAAUCCCAACUUUCCUCCUAGAGGUCAUCGGGACUUUGGAAGGAGGAUGAUUGACAGAACACCAGCAGGAGUGAUUGAUGAUCCGCUAGCUGCGUUCAACAGGCUACUCAGAGAGAAAGAUGAGCAAAAACGUCGUGCAAAACAAAGAAGUUUUCGCAGGAGUUAUAGUCGAAGUCGUAGUCGAAGUUUUAGUAGAUCGCCUGUGAGACGAAGAAGUAGAUCUCCUAGAUCAAAUAGGCGUUCUAGGAGCAGAUCGAGAUCAUUCUCUUUGAGUCGGUCUCGAUCGAGGUCAUUUUCAGGCAGUCUAAGAGGAUCACCCCACAGGCAACUGUCUCCUCCGAGGCGGUCGCCCCAGCCUUCUUCGAUUUCUCGAAGGGGUCCCUCUAGAUAUCGAUCACCUCUGAGAUCACCUCCAAGAUCCAGACGAGAUCGUGACUACGAUGAUGACAGGGACUAUAACAGAGAUGAACGUACUUUCAAAGAUAAUCGUAGAACUAGAGACAAUAGAGAGCGCAGAUCGAGAGAUAGAGACCGUGACAGAUACUUUGACAAUUUUGAUGAUAAGAGAGGUCCGCCGAGACAGCAGCAAUGGGGCCAGCAGACCAUGCCACCGAGGCCAAUGCAGGAGGGUUACUAUCCACCGCCAGCCAUGCAGCAGGGAUACCAGACUAACAGGUUCGGACAGGGUCCUCCUCAUCGAGACUUCGGGCCACCUUUCAUGAACAAAGAACCUCCCUACGCACAGACACUUCCCCAAACGAUACAUACUAUCCAAAGACAAUAUCAAGAUAUUGCACCUCCAGGUGUUGAUGAUGAUAUUGCGCCUCCUGGUGUAGAGGAGCCACCGUUCAAACCUGAGAAAAAGGAAAGCCCCAAAAAGGAGGAGAAAGAGAAAGUGUCAUCCGAAAAACGUUCAGACAAAAAGGAAUCUGAUAAAUACAAUGAUAGAAAGAGAAGGCAUGAAAAAAGAAGUAGAACACCAGAAAGAGCAAGAAAUCCUAGCCCUAAAAGAAAAUCAAAAUCCAGAGAAAGAGAUACUCCGGAGAAACACAGAAGGCGAAGGCGAGACUCUUCCGAUAAAGAAGAUAAGAGACGAGAUCACUCUGACGAUGAAAGGUCUAAGAAAAAUAAAGAUAAAAAGAAGCAUAGAGACAAAAAAGAAUCGGACAAAAAGAAGAAACGCGACAAAAAAGAUAAACAUAAAAAAGAAGGCAAAGAAAAGAAAAAAGAUGAGUUCAAACAAAUCAUUCCCAAGAACAUCGAUGAAGUUGAAGAAAUCGAAAAUCAAAAGAUUUUGAAUAAAAAGAAACGGGAAGAGAUUGAGGAACGCGAAUUGGAAGAGAAAAGACUAAAUGCACUCAAGGAGGAAAAGAGGCUUGAAGCUCUAAAGGAAGAACAAAGAUCAGAAGCUCUGAAAGAGGAAAAGCGAAAGAAUCAAGAGAAUAAGGCAAUGGAGGGAGAAACAGCAAAACAAGAAAAACGGGAAAAGGUCCGAGUAAAAGAAAUCGAAGAAAGUAAGCGAAGAAUUGCAUUGGAAGAACGGAAAGAGUAUACUCCAGAACCUGAAGAACUAAAACCUGAUUUGUAUGGUGAAAUUCCAACCGAAGACAUAGAUACUUCUGUUAUGGAAAAUUAUGGCAAAUUAGAUAACGAAUUGAUAUAUGAAGGAGAUGAAGAAUUCAGUCAAAGAACUCGAGAUGAACCCGAAGAAACAAUGGAAGAAGGAGAAAUAAAAGAACUAGACGACGAAGAGAAAGAUGUUCUUGAAUUACAUACAACGGAUAUGGAUCUGAAGACGGAGAUCGAUAAAAGCGAUAUAUUAGCUCCAGUUCCUGAGAAAUCAAAAUGGGAAAAUGAUGAUGAGGGUCUCACCAGUCCUAAAGAUAGCAACAAAUCUGAUUCUAAAUCUGAUAAAUCCGGUAAAGUAACUAAUGAAGUCUUAAAGAGAGCAGAAAACGCCAUUUUCGCCAAGGCAAUUAAUGCGAUUCGUCCCAUAGAAAUUAAAAAGAUUGGACCAGAUCGUGCCAAAUUGUAUUCUGGAGAAAGAGAAGUUGAGAAAUCUUUCAACCAGUUCCAAGUUACAAUCGGAGCAACUGUUGUUAAACCUGAUCCUGUUCAGCAAGCUCCUGUUAGGCUGUCAGUUAAAGAGCGGCUUGGGGUUAAAGUUGAAGAUACCGAUAAAGUCAUCAAUCUAAGUAGGAGAUCAAGGACAGUUUCCCCGUUCAGUAGAAGGGGUGAGAACGGCAGGAAUUUUGCUGCAGGAGAAAGGCGUGUUGAAGUAGACGAAUUUAGAAAUAGGAGGCGAUCUAGAUCGAGGCGUCGAGAAAGUAGCAGAGACAUUCGUAGAAAUAGAACUGAAGUCAGUCAUCACAGCAGACAUGAUAGGCGGAAUGACCGCAGAAGAGAGAAAACCAAGAAAGAAGAGAAGUCCAAGCAUGAUGAGGAUAACAAGAAAUCCAAGAGAAAAAGAUCUCGUUCGAGAAGUGAAAGCGAUGAUAGAAAAGAUAGACAUAAAAAGAAAGACAAGAAAACGAAGAAGGAAAAAUUGAAAAAGAAAGAGGAGGGUGACUUAAAAACCGAGAAAGAUGAAAAAGAUGAACCGAAACCAGAAAUUACUACUAAACGAAAAGCCACUAUUGACGAAGCAGCUUUUGAACCAGAUUAUGAUGAAUCCCAUUCAGAAGAGGAAGAAAGAGAUAAGAAGAAAGGUUCUAAGAAAGAGACGACAGAAAGUUCCAGUUCAGAAUCAGAAUCGGAAUCGAGUUCAGAGGAAGAACGCAAAAAGAAAAAACACAAGAAACAUAAAAAGAGAAAGAAGAGAGAUACUAGCAGUAGCAGUAGUAGUUCUUCUUCAGAAUCUGACUCCAGUGAAAGUGAAAAAGAGCGAAAGAAGAGAAAACACAAGAAAAGCAAAAAGAAAAAGAAGAAGUCCAAACAUAAGUGAUGAAUUAGUUUGUGAAUGAAUUUUAUUCGUAUAAGUUGUUGAAUAAAGUGAAGUGGUUACUCUUUAUAUCUUACAAAAAAAUUUUGUAUAUAGAUAAGUCAGUGUAUAAUACAAUAAAAUCAAUAAAAAUCCAAAAUGAUAUAA